AUGUCGUACUACUUCGUCAUAGUCGGCACCCUGGACAACCCCCUCUUCGAGCACGAGUUCGGCACCUCGAAGCAGGGCGGCGACGGCCAGUCGCGCUUCAACGAGCAGGUCCGCCACCUGAACCAAUUCAUCCUGCACAGCAGUCUCGACAUCGUCGAGGAGGUCCAGUGGGCGCAGGGACAGAUGUAUCUCAAGGUCGUCGACAAGUUCUUCAACAACUACGUCUCCUGCUUCGUCACGGCCGGCAACGUCAAGUUCCUCCUCCUCCACCAGCCCUCUCUGCCGCCUGGGCCGCCGACAUCGCGGUCCUCGACGGCCAUCGGGGCGAAUCCCACGAGUCCCGCGACGGAGGAGGCGGUUCGGAAUUUUUUCACGGAAGUGUACGAGAACUGGAUCAAGGCAAUCAUGAACCCUUUCUACCAGGUCAACAUGGAAGUCAGGAGUCCGGUGUUCAGGCAGAGGGUAGCGGCGGCGGGGCGGAAGUACCUGUAG